AUGGCUUCAACUGCUAUACCGGGAGAAAUUUCAUUGAGAGUUGUUGUGGACAAAGAGCAAAACAGAGUGCUCUAUGCUGAAGCAGGGAAGGAUUUUGUGGAUAUUCUUUUAAGCUUCUUGACACUGCCACUGGGAACUAUUGCGAGACUUGUUAGUAAGGAUUCAACCACGAAGCCUUGUCGAUUCGGAUGCAUAAGCUCACUCUAUGAAAGUGUGGGGAAUCUGGACCCCAUGUAUUUGAAUUCAGAGACAUGCAAACAAAUGCUGCUUCAGCCAAGGAACUCAAUGGAAUGUUAUAAUCGAAACCUCAAACUCAACAUUGAUGACACUGAGCCAACCAAGUAUAACGUUUGUCGAGGUUGUCGUGCUGUAGAAGAUGGUUCUCUGGUGAGCACUUCCAAGGAUAUGAAAUGCAAAUGCGGGCAGGAUUUUACGCGCAUCUUUUUGGACCCUUGCAAAUCGCUCCUAUGCAGUCCUCUGUUAAGUGGAUCUGAUAAAAACACGAGUGGCGAUGCUGGGGAUAAUACAUGGGAAGGCUAUGUAAAGGAGACUGCAUCUUUUAUUAUUUCUGAUGAUCUAGCGGUAAUUCCUGCUGAUUUCAACACAACAUUGUGUCUGCUAAAGAAUCUUCGCUUUGAAGGUCCACCGGAGGAAUCCACUAUGGUUCUCAGUUCAAAUGAGAUUUUGGACCUACUCAAGUGCUUGUUGAUCUCCAAGACGGCACUCACAGAUACAUUGUUAAGGAAGGAGCACAGCCUCGUGCAUUCAGAAACCUCGUCCAAGAUAUUUGAUGAGAGACAAGGUAGAAAGAGCACUGGGACGAUGGAGAUAAAGCUAUUGAUGUCAAAAUCGAAGUCCAAGAUAUUUUUUGCUCAGGUUGAGGAAGAUUUCAUGGACCAGCUUCUUAGUUUCUUGACAUUCCCAGUAGGAGCAGUAGAAAGAGUUUUAGAAGGAAACUCUGGGGUGGUGUGUGUCGACAAAUUAUAUAACAGUUUGUUCAAUUUUGAUUCAACCGUAGACAUGAAGUCAGAGAAUCUAAAACACGUGUUUGCCAACCUCAUGAUAGCCCCAUAUUUUAAUGUCAAUAACCAGAUGUUACCUAUCGAUGAACUGAAGUAUCCGUCCGAGUUAGGUAUUUGUUUUAACAAGGAUGGUAGUGGUCGAUAUUAUUUGACUGCUGAUGCAAGUUUGUAUGUCCAUGUUUGA